AACUGAUCUCAUUAGUUAUCGCUUCUGCGUUGUACAAUUUACAACUUAAACAUUCUUUAUCCUCUGUAGUCACAAGUUGUGAAUAUGAUUUUAAAAUUUCUUCUAUUUUCCCUCCUUUUUGGUACUAUUUUUUCAAUGUGCCCGCGAGUUCCUAGUCCUUAUCACUCCCGACGAAGCAAGUUACCCGGUGAUAACGGUUAUAAAAUCAAAAUUCAAGGAGGAAGCGAAAAAUAUGUACCUGGAGAAGUUUAUGCAAUUUAUUUGAUGGGAUCAAGGGCGUUUAAUAAUGUGCAACACUUUAAGCGAUUCAUUAUAAAUGUCGAAUCUGUUGAUCAACCCGGAAAUAUUUCUCCACAAAAGGUUGGAAGUUUUCAACUCUUUGGCGACAAUUUAUCAAAAUUUAACGAAGAUUGUGUAAAUACAGUUUCGGAGACAAAUAGUUUACCAAAAACGGAAGUUUUCGUACUGUGGACAGCGCCUCCUACAGGAUCAGGAUGUGUUGUUUUUAGGGCAAUGGUUUUGGAAGACUCGUCUCACUGGUACGCAGAUGAUGGUGAAUUAAGCAAAACACUUUGCGAAAGAACAGAAAAGGAUAUCAAAUAUGGACCCCAAGAUUGCUGCGCUUGUGAUGAAGCAAAAUAUAACUUAAUCUUCGAAGGAAUAUGGUCUAAGGAAACGCAUCCGAAGGAUUAUCCGCUGUUUGUGUCUUUGACGCAUUUUUCUGACGUUAUUGGAGCUUCCCACGUUCCGAAUUUUACAUUUUGGGGUGAAGGGCAAAUCGCCACAGAAGGUUUUAAAAGUUUAGCAGAAUGGGGGUCUGUCAGACUUAUGGAGAGCGAGCUAAAGGCACAGAGCAAACAUUUAAGAACUAUUAUCAAAGCUAAUGGUCUUUGGUAUCCAAAAGUCAACACAAAUACUUCAACUAACUUUAAGGUUGAUCGUAAACAUAAUUUGAUAUCGGUAGCAUCAAUGUUCGGCCCUUCUCCUGAUUGGGUUGUUGGAGUCAAUAGCCUCAAUCUUUGCCUACCCAACUGUACCUGGAUGGAUCGUAUAGACAUCGAUCUAUAUCCAUGGGAUGCGGGAACUGAUAGUGGUAUUUCGUACAUGUCUCCAAAUGCUGAAACGAGUCCCAGAGAAAAAAUGUACAGGAUCACUACGACUUAUCCGGAAGAUCCAAGAGCCCCAUUUUACGAUCCAUCAAAAUCUGAAAUGAACCCACUCGCAAAGUUAUACAUCCGGAGAGAUAGGGUGAUUCCCAGAAAUUGUGAUGACGACUUCCUUACAGCCCAGGUCGAUAUUAGUGAAAAUACUGAAGAUACAAAUAGGCCUGAAUGUGCUGUAACCGAAUUCAGCGAAUGGAGCGCGUGUUCGGUGACCUGUGGUAAAGGUCUCCGGAUGAGAUCAAGGGAAUACGUUUUGCCACAAAAGGCCCUCAUGUUCCAAUGUAACAGGCAACUAAUUUCAAAAGAAAUGUGCGUUGCUGCCGUCCCUGAAUGCGAAGGUGGGCGAACCGAACCAGAGUCUGAAGAACAAAUUAUCGAAGGUAACGAUGACAUCUGUUCAGCAAGUCCUUGGAGCGAGUGGUCAGAAUGCUCAUCAACAUGUGAUAUCGGAUUUCAAUCGAGGUAUAGAUCGUUUAAAGAUGUUAUGGCGAAGAAGAAAUGCAGCCACAUCCAAACAUACGAAAGACAAAAGUGUAUGGGUCCACCGUGUUCUGAAAAUGAAAGGGACAUUCCUGAUCCCAUGUGCCCAGUUACGGAAUGGAACGAUUGGGGUCCUUGCAGCAGUACUUGCGGCAAAGGAGUCAAACUAAGAACCAGAUUGCUCCUAGUAGAACCAGGUUUACAAGAAAAAUGUAGCUCGAGAGUUGAAAUUGUACAAACGAGACCAUGCGUAGAAAAACGGGAUUGUACAUUCGACAUGGCCACAGCAAAGCAGGUGUGUAUGGAAGAGUCUGAAGCUGGACCAUGCAAUGGCUACUUUAACCGAUGGUACUUCGUACCGAGCAAGCAAAUGUGCAUUCCUUUUGUAUAUGGAGGUUGCCGAGGAAAUCGAAAUAACUUUAUGACCAGAGAAGAAUGUAUGGAGCAGUGCAAAGUUGUUAUAGAUAUUUUAAGUGGAAACGCCGGAAAUGUUCCUGUUCAUCCACCAGUAUUGUCUCAACAGUUUAACGGCUAUCCUGUGGAAGGAAAUGAACCUGUCGAUUGUAUGGUAACGGAAUGGAGCGAAUGGACCCCAUGUAGUGUUUCGUGUGGUACAGGUUUUACUGAAAAACGACGCAUGGUAAAACGACCAUCCGAAAACGGUGGCAAACCGUGUCCCGAUCGUCUUCUUAAAAGAAAAAGAUGCCGGGGACCUCCAUGUGCUUAACAACGUCAAUUAAAAUACUAAACAUACUUUAGCGCAUAACAGAUUUCACGAAAUUCAACUUAAAACGUUUUUCUAUUGAUAUUAAUCUUAUUUUACUCUUUGUUCCCUUUUUUAUUAUAUUUUUAUUUAAUAAAGUCAUUAUUGUA